GACGAACAUGUCCGCUUAGAAGUGAAAUUAAGUACAUGAACGGGCUUGCUACGCCGCUGCCGCUAGAUGAUCACUCACACAGUGCCUCGAGUACACAGGGAAAGAGGAGAUAACGCAUUGCAUCUCUUCAUCAUCUCGGCUGAGCGGUCGCAGGACGGCUUCAACAUGCAGCACAUGCACUGCUUCCUGCAUCUUCAGACUCAGAGUCCACAAUAUAAAAACCCUCACGACGGAAUCGAGGUUGAACCACCAUCUGCCUUACUUUCGCUCUUCAGCCAAAGUCAUAACUGCGUUCUCAUUCCCUAAGUCCUCGUCAUGCAGAACUUCAUCUCCCUGGCACUUGCCUUCUCUGCGUUUUCGAGUGGAGGUGCGUCUGCUCCCAACCUUGCACAUCGUCAAAUCUUCUCGUCAUUUGAAGCGACUGCGCCGGCGACCACUGAGCUCUUCCCCACCGUGAGCUCCGGCAUCUCUUUGGGUGCGCCGAUGACGAGCCCCAUCGCGCCUGUCGGGAUCACGUCUGCCUCCGUGGUGACGAUCCAAUCCUCCGCUGGACCCAUCGAAAGCUCUGCCACGGCCGUGACAUUCAGCUCCGUCGCCACCAUCGAGAGCUCGGCCUCGGCCUCGGUCGUGUCGGCUAGCACCUCCGCCCAUGGCGUGACCCUCACCUCCGCAGCCACCAGCGCUUCGCCUAUCGAGAGCUCCUCGGUAGUCACAGUCGCCACCUCUUCCCCGGGCGUAACGUUUACUUCCGUCGCGAGCGGGCCCACCUCAUGCGUCGCAUACACCACCAUAACGGUAGUCGUGACCUCAACCACGGCAGUGACAAUCACCGCUUCCGCUCCGAGUGCAACGUUCACCACUGUGCCCGUGGCGAGCUCGUCCUCGGCAGUCACAAGCGGCUCCUCCUCUCGACGGGUAACGCGUACCACCGUCACCUCCGUCGAGAGCUCCUCCGCGGGCACCACGUCCCCCACCAGCGCACCCACCGAGAGCUCUUCGGCCUCGGCCGUCACGAUCAGGUCCUCCGCCCCCGGCGUGACAUUCACCUCCGUCGUGACCGUCGAGAGCGCGUCCACUGCCCAUAUCCACAGCGGAACGACCAAGGCGAUCACCAGCCCCAUCGAAAGCUCCGAUGCCCCCGUUUUCACCUCGACCUUGGCGUACUAAAGGGGUGGCGUGACCCGAGCUUUCUUGAGCGGGGGGUGUUAGUGGACGCACGGACUGAGACGCUGAGUAAUAUUUGGAGAGUUUCUUGGUGAGCUAGGCAUAUGUCGUAGUAGCAGCGGGAGCGGUGCAACGUGAUUCGGUACUAAAACGGACAGCAUGUCGGAGCGAUUGAAGGGCUUCACGAUGGCAGACAUGACAAAGUUGUAUAUAUUAGCGCGCAUGUAUUCACGCGUUGGGCAGUCCAGUGUGCCUGGCUGGCCCUGCACUAGGACGAAAAUCCGUAUUCGCCGUC